UCUGCCAUGGCGACGGAGACGCUACUGAGGCUGAUUUGUGUGUCCCUUUUACUUCUGUUGUUAAAAUCUAAUAUUUACCUCUGCCAGCAGUUUACAAUUUCCUUCAUGCAACCUUCAGACUGUGGUGCAGGAAGAAUCUUUGAUAUUUCAAGCUUGUCUUGCGUCAAAUGUGGACCUAAUCAAAUAAGCAGUAAAUCAGGUACCGCGUGUAUAUGUCAGACUGGAUUCAAGGUGAUCUCAAGUAAUGGUGCAACAGUAACAUGUCAACAAUGUCCAACCGACACCAAACCGGGAGUUACAAAAGAUGGCUAUGGGUGUAUUGGAUGUCCUGGAGAUCUAAAUGAAGAUGGAACAUGUCAAUGUCCAGCAGGAAGCAUACUCGUGGAGAGAGAUGUGAAUGGCAAUCUUCUGGAUGAAGCCAUUUGUGAAGCCUGCAGCCCAGGGGAGUCGGCAUUCUCCACCCCAGAUGUAACGGGGAGCAGGUGUGUAAGGUGCCAAGAGUCUUUCAUCAACACUUCCCUAUCCUGUGUCUGUGGCCAGGGAAACAUAAUUGCUGGAGGUUUAUGUUUCCCACCGAGUAAUCUGCCAACAUCAGUGGCCACAACUGUCAACUUUGCUCAACUGGGCUUUGCUGUCCCGUCAGUGUGGCUCUCCAAAAACUUGCAAUCUUCAGCUUCUGCCUGCUUGAUCUUCUCCAACCUCACUGCAUGCCAGGCCCUGGGGAACAUGUGUGUGAUGAACAUGCAUUCCUUCAGCAGCACCACCAAUGAUGCCUGUGGAUUCUUCAACACUAUAUUCAGAGCCACUGCUGCCCUGGGCUCAGUACAGGACAUAUCCUACUGGAGGUCCAAUCUGCCGUGGCUCUACUAUGGGGACCAGCCUGGCCUGGCAUCCCGGGCCCUCAGAACAGACGCCCUUCCUGUGGGUUUCAGCUUCAAAGGAGCCAAUAUGAACACAAAUGUCAACUUUGUUGCCGCUGUUUACAAUGCCAGAGGAAACUUCUUAAAAUGGGAGACUGUCGGGGGAGGCAACUUGCAGCUAUGUCCUGACACAGCCACCAGGAUCAGGGCUGCCUACACAUUUGGUACUGCCUAUCAGCAAAAUUGCAUCAUUUCAGUGUCAAAGCUUCUAAAGGAUUUCUCAGAGCCCCUGUUUUAUGACCUGUUUAUGGAAUUUGGCGUUGGAGAUGGAGAAAGAAAGCUGCUAGCUGUCCCUCUCCUGAACCUCAAUCUACAGUAUAAUGGACAAUUUGUCAACCAAGGAGGUAACAUGAAUAACUGGUAUCUGACCCGGCGACUCUUUAUGGUGGACACACUCAGUGGGCGUGAAAACACCCUGGCCACCCGGCCCAAAGUCAUUCGCAUAGCCACAGACAUAAGAAUAAGUUUCAUGCUGGUUCCCAAUACUCAGAGAGGAGAGGUGUACCCUCCGUUGAUCUCUGUCUCCUACUCGGAUAUCCUCAUCUCAGAUGCCGAUGAACAGAAUGUUGCUGUGUCAUUUGUCAUGGAGUAUGAGAUGGACCAGAAGGAAGCUCAGAUCAAGACGGAUAUCGCUCUGGGGGUUCUUGGUGGGGUGGCCGUACUGUAUUCUCUCCUCAAAACGGCCAGCUGGAAGAGAAGAAUUGCUUCCCCCACAAUCGAUGUCGAGACCAUUCUGAAGUUCUUGCUCUUCUAUGCUGGAGAUCUCGCCAAUGUGUUCUUUGUCCUGACUGUGGGUACCGGACUGUACUGGCUCAUUUUUAAUAAGGCCCAACAGUUUGUCUCGGUCCUUCUGCCCUUGCCUGGACAGGAUGAGCGUUUUGUCACGUAUGUGGGCUGUGCUUUUGCAUUGAAGGCUGUCCAGUUUUUGCACAAGCUGUUCCAUCAGUUGUUCUUGGAUAUAUUCUUCAUUGACUGGGAGAGGCCCAGAGGGAAAAUCGUAGAAGGGUCUGGUGAGGUGAAGAGCAUGCCUUCUCCAGUCAGCAUAUGGAGGACAUACUUUGUGGCCAAUGAGUGGAAUGAGAUCCAGACUGUUCGCAAAAUUAACCCCACCUUCCAGGUUGCCGCUGUGCUUUUCUUCCUGGAGGUUGUGGGUUUCUCAAAUUUGGCUCUGAGAGAUCCAUCCUCCACUCUUAAGAGAGAUGCUCAGGCCUACACCCCAGCCUGGAGUCUGGUUCUCAGAUAUGGUGUGGCUUCAACCGUGUGGCUCGUCAUUGGCUUUCUACAGAUACUGUUCUUCACAGUCAUCUAUGAGAGGUUUGUGGAGGACAAAAUUCGGCAGUUUGUGGACCUCUGCUCCAUCAGCAAUAUCUCUGUCCUGCUGUUUUCCCAUCGUUGCUUUGGCUACUACAUCCAUGGCCGGUCUGUCCAUGGCUAUGCUGACACCAACAUGGAGGAGAUGAACAUCCAUCUGAAGCGAGAGGCGGAGAACCUCUGUGGUCAAAGAGGGCUGCUCCCCAACACCGACACUCAGACCUUCCAGGUGUCCAUCACCCAUAGACUCCGCCAGCAGUAUGACAGGAUCCUGGAUCCACUCACUCGGAGAAACGGGCCCUCUCGACUGAUGGAUGCCUCGUCCAGCCCAUUUGAGCUGAACACCAAAACCUACCACACCAUGAACAAGUUUCUGGGCUCUGUUAUAGACCAUGCGCAUAAGGAAAUGGACUACAUUGUGAAAGACAAAUUGUUUUUUGAAAGAGUCAUUGGAAUGGAAUUCAUUGAACCACUGGACAAAAGUAUAUUUUAUAAUGAUGAAGCCCAUUCAUUCAGUGAUGUCAUUUACUACGGCAAUGAGGCCACCCUGCUGAUUUUUGACACACUUUUCUUCUGUGUUGUGGACCUGGGCAGUCAGAGCUUUGUUUUGGCUGCAGUACUGACCUACCUGGAACAGCUGGUAUUUCGAUUGAUUCGUAAUUCAAUUGGCCGAAGGAACUUGGCAGCAAAGACUCUUGUGGAUAAGAGAUUCCUAAUAUAGUAUGUGCUUGGUUAUUGUGGCUGGGCCGAGGUGACAAGUGUCAGUAGCAUUAUUUUAAAUUGUGUUCUCCAUAAAAGUAUUUUCAGUGUCCCUAUUAAUUUCAAUACAUCACAAUUUUCUAAUGAGUGCUUUUUUAAUAUUUAUGUUAAAAUUGAUUUAUUUUUGGAGAUUUGUUUUUAUCUUAAUUUUCAUAUUUCAUAUAAAAGAGGAAGGAAACAUUUGCUUUGUACAUUGAUGUUUGUAUUCUAUUAAAAUGUUUUCCAGAGAA